GGUUGGGAAUCAGCUGUUGCCAAACAGUGUAAACUAACCUAACCUAAUCUAAAAUCGAAUACAAAUAUGAGCUUAGGAGAAUUUAGUAAGAAGGCAGUGAAAAAAAAUUGUAGAAGAAAAGGUACAAUAAUACGGAGUAAAGAACGCGAAGUAAUUAAAUCAAUAAUAGAAUUUUGUGAUCAAGAAGCUAGACAAAAAUCUUUGCUAUUUCCAUUGCGUCAAGCCACUAAAAGGGCUGCUAAUUAUACCAAGAUCUCCGAAAGAACGGUCAAACGCAUAAGGGAGGAAAAUAAGUUAGGGCUAGAGUUUGCCGAUGACGAUGAUUAUUCGACUAGAAAAUGGAGUAGAGGACCAACAGUAACCAUGAAGUUUGCCAGCAACCUGUCUUUCAUGUUUGGGGAAAGUCCGAAAAUCACAGAAAGAUACCAGCUAGCUAAACAGGCAGGAUUUAAGGCUGUGGAAACUGGAUUUCCACUUGGAUUUACUGCCCAGGAAGUCGCAGAUGCUCGAAGUAAAGCAGAUGUCAAGCAGGUUCUAAUCAACAUAUUCACUGGUGAUGUGACAAAAGGAGAAAUGGGCUUUGCUGCUAUACCUGGGAAAGAAGAUGAGUUUAAAAAAAGUGUUGCUCUUACUAUAGAGUAUGCCAAUGCUCUAAACUGUAAAAAGAUCCAUGUGAUGUCUGGUAAAGUGGAAUCGCCUAAUGAAAUCAACGAUACAACUUAUGAGAGUAACAUGAGAUUUGCUGUCGAAAAGUUUCAGGCAGAGGAUAUUGUUGCUCUUAUUGAACCAAUAAAUAGCAUAACAAUGCCCAACUACUAUAUGAAUAGUUUUGAAAAAGGUCUGGAAAUAGUAAAGAAAAUAAACAGUCCACAUUUAAGAUUGAUGUUGGACUUGUUCCACCUGCAACAUGCACGUGGAAAUAUAACUCGAACUAUCAAGGAAUAUCUCCCAUACCUUGGUCAUGUGCAAGUAGCACAAGUGCCGGACAGACACGAACCAGAUACAGCUGGUGAAUUGAAUUACAGAUAUGUGUUUUCUCUCUUGGAAAAAGAAGGAUACAACGACUAUAUCGGAUUGGAAUACAGACCAAAAGCUGGAUCUGCGGAAGGGUUGAAAUGGAUUAAAAAUUUUGGUUAUACUUUAUAAAUUAUAACAGCCAAAAUCUGAAUAUUGAUAAUAUGUUAUUGAAUUAUUUGAAAAUUUUAUCUGUGAAUGCACACAAAAGAUAUUUUACGUGUUGUUUAUACUACUGAUAAUUUUACUUUUAUCUGGGGGUAAUGAUGGCCUAUCAAUGUUAAGAGGACCUUUUUUUCAUGCAAAUCAGUGAAACAACUCGAAAUAUGUCUGUAGAGUACGUCAUUUACGAGCUUUUGCAAAAACCUUUAGAUACACUUGUUAAAGUGGCUAUCCAAAAUGUAAUGACUAAAUUCUAUAUUUAUAGACAUGGAUAUAUAUCUAUACAUGUAUGUACGUACAUACAUAUAUACCAGUAAUGGUCUGUAAUAAACUGUUGUAAAAUUGAAACAAUCAAGUACAGAGUAAAUUAAAGACAAUUAAUACAAAAAGAAAUGUGCAUAUUUAUUACCGUACAAUAUUUUUAUUAUAAUUUUUUAUCAACUAUAACAAUAUAGACACAAUUUAUAUUAUUUACAAUACACAAAAUUAUACAAAAAAUCUAUUGCAGUUGCAUUAAAAGUGUUGCGAUCAGUUUGGAAAAAAUUAUACCGUAUGCAGCAUGUAAAUUGUGUAAAAAUGAUGUUUCUCAUACAGUAUAUUUGAAAAUUCAGUUACUAGCGAGAAAUAAAUAAUAUACAAAGAACGGAAACGGUUUCUUUUUACCAUUUAGAUCUAAUUUAUAAUAAGUUCGUACAAAAAUUGUACAACACUUAUAGCUCACCUGUACAAGAUUGACCUACACAAGCUGGAGCUAAUAAAAAUUGUGAUCAAGGUUUAUACUUGUUACGCACAAUGUGUGUAAAUCACUGUAUACUUAUAUUUGACAUAGCGGUGAAAUUGAAAUCAGUUUUACAUGAGAAAUUUAAGUUUAAAACUGGAUAGCAUAUAUCAGUACUAUAUGCUAAUGCCUCAAGAGUUCUGAUUCUUCUAAAGAACUCACUAAUAUUUUCCAAUAUAAUCUGAACAAUUCCGACCGUCCCUGUUAUUCAACAUUUUUUAUAAAUUUCAAUUGAUCGUGCUAAUCACUUGAUCAUGCGCUAAUUUUUUUUUAUUUUGUACCUGCGUAUUUGUUGCAUCAAGCAUACUUACACGUAAUAUUUCGCAAAUUUAUCACCACGUAAACUACUCCUCACGGUUCGAAUUGA